UUUCAGUAACCCAUCAUCGGUCACACUGCAUAAGUCGCUGAGGAAAAUAAAAGAAUUUUUAGCUGGCCAACUGGUCGAAAUUAACGCGGAAAUGCAGAUGCAAACGUACAAACUGGUGGUCGUCGGAGGAGGCGGCGUGGGAAAGUCGGCGAUAACGAUACAGUUCAUCCAGAGCUACUUCGUCACGGAUUAUGAUCCCACCAUUGAAGACUCAUACACGAAGAUGUGCGUCAUCGACGAUGUGCCAGCCAAAUUGGACAUUUUGGACACGGCUGGCCAGGAGGAGUUCAGUGCCAUGCGAGAGCAGUACAUGCGCUCCGGCGAAGGCUUCCUGCUCGUCUUUGCGCUCAACGAUCAUUCCAGCUUCGAUGAGAUCCCCAAGUUCCAGCGCCAGAUCCUGCGAGUCAAGGAUCGCGACGAGUUCCCCAUGCUGAUGGUGGGCAACAAGUGCGACCUGAAGCAGCAGCAGCAGGUGUCCUUGGAGGAGGCGCAGAACACGAGCCGCACCCUGAUGAUGCCCUACAUCGAGUGCAGUGCCAAACUGCGCAUCAACGUCGAUCAGGCCUUCCACGAGCUGGUGAGGAUCGUGCGCAAAUUCCAGAUUGCCGAGCGUCCGUUCAUCGAGCAGUCCUACAAGAAGAAGGGCAAGAGGAAGUGCUGCCUGAUGUAAAACGGGUCACGUCACAGACAAUCUCCUGAAUGCCGCAGCGGAUGCAGGAGUCAACAUUUAACGAGUAUAACACCAAAUUUUUUGAAAAACACGCGUCGACUGAGCUUUGAAUUCCGUUGAGAAGACGAUAAACCAGUAACCCGAAACCAGUAACCGCGCAAACGUGUAAACGAGCCCAAACGAAGUGCAUUUCUUACCUGCCCAGGUGCAUGCCGCAUUCAACGAACGAAUCGAAUAAGCUUCGCCACUUUCAAAUAGCUACGAAGAAACUUACAACUGAAAACUCAAAACUAAAAACAUUAAACUAAAAACGCCACAUGCAAACAGAACACGAAACAUAGUUAGAUAUAUACAACAGAUUCACACGGAUAACAUAUAUAUAUAUAUUUCUACAUAUAUUUUUGUAAUAUUAUUUGUUGAUAAACGACAACAAUUAAGGACGAAUGUUUUCUAUGAUUAUUACCAAUCAUGGCUCGCAGGCCAUUUGUUUUUAUAAUGCAAUAACUAAACCCAGAACGUUUGUUUCGAUUAAGCCAAAACGUAAUAAUGUGUUAUUGUAAUUUGUAUUGUUAUUUACUACUAAUAUAUACGUAUACAUAUAUAAACUGCUUACAAUCCGAUUUUGUUGUAACAAAUAGAGUGCCUCGUUCUCGCGCGUAGAAAGCUAAAACAUCAAUCUCUGUAUUUCACCCACUACAUUUUUGUACUAUAUCGGCAGAUGCCAGGCGCACAACUCACUUAACGAUAUUUUUGUACAUGUCCCCAGCCGAAUUCUAUGGUUUAUUGUUCGCCAAAUGUAUUGCAACAGUUGCUUAAACCGCAAUCUCGUUUAACUCUUAUACACUGCUUAAUUUAACGAAAUUAUUUAAUGGUAUAUAAAUAAAUAUAUAAUUAUAUUUAAUAUUAAACAUAUGCGCAAUUCUAAUAAACACAUGGAGAAUCACAAACGCUUCCACAUA